AUGGAUCGGCGACAAUUCGGAGGGUCGGUGCAUCGCACGGGAUCCGACACCACUGCGAACCGCUCUGCACCGAGCUCCGACGCGCCGGUUCAUCGCACGGGAUCGGCUGUCGUUAAGAAGAAGAAGCUCGUUCAGACUCGUCCAGUCGUUUCAGGCUCAAGAUCCCCCCAACCUGGCUCUCCCCGAGCCUCCUCUCCGAAGCAUGGCCCCGCUUCACCCAAGCCUCUCGUCCUCCACGCCUCCAGCAAAGCCGCACCUCCCUCAGUCCCCACCCACAUGCUCCCACAAGACACGGACGAGCUAUCCUCCUACGCGUCUUCUGGCUCCCAUAGCUAUCAGCAGCAGCAGCAUAAGCCUGAUGCGUCCUCCUCCUCUGCUUGGUUCACUAAGGAAGACGCUGAUGACAUUCUUGGUGCUGCGGGGCUGUCAGGCGGGAAGCUUCCCUCGGGAAUUGCUGGAAUCGCGGCUGUAGCGGCUCAACUCGCCCGCGCUGCUACAGCCGCGUCCCCCCCGCGCCGGCCGCCAGGAGGGAGGGAAAGUGGGCCGGAGAGGGAGAGAUAUGAUCCUGAGAAGCAGUAUCUGACUCAGCCUACUGGUGUGCUGUCUGGGUUUAUCGAGAGGAAGUUCAAAACCCCACCCAGGCGGCAGCAGCAGCAGCAAUAUCAGCAACAGGCACAUGGAUUCGGAGGGACAGGAGCCAGUCCGGAAUUCGGUGUUCCAAAGCGAUCAGGUUCGGGAACUGGCCGAGCCAUCCUAGGCUUGGGAGUGUCUCCUGACCGCCCCUCCAGCUCCACCGGGCGGCCCUCCAGCUCCGGUGACCGAACCUCUGGUGCAGGUCUGGGUGCUACUAGGGGGAGUGGUUAUAAAGGGGGCGGUGGAUGGGGGGAGAGUGAUAAAGGGGAGGAGGACGAAGGGUGGGGGGCAGAGGUGGAGACAGAUGAGUGGGAUAAGGGCAGCACGGGUGGGUGGGAGGGACUAGGGCUAGAACCUGCUGUGUCAGUCAAGCCCCCAAAAGGGGGAAGGUCCCCCUCCUGGGAGAGUAAAUCGGGGGGAGGGGCGGGCGGAGGGGGCAACUGGGGGUGGGGAGGGUCACCCAGGGGGGGUGGUAUUGGGGCGGGGGGCGCAGGGAGAGGGGGAACGGGGGGAGGGGGAAUGGGGAGCGGGGGGAAGGUAGGGGCGGGUGUGCCAUUGUCAUCUAGGAAAAGGAGAAGGCGAGGAACCUUCGCUCCAGUCACACCAGACACAUCCCUACUCAACGGCUUAGCAACUAGGGAAGAGGAGGGUGCUUCUGUGCUGAGAGCAGAUGCUGCUGGCGCUGGGGCAAGCGUGGUGCAACAGAAGACUCCUGGGCUGCUGAGUGCAGGGGAAGGAGGAACAGGGCAGCAGCUAGAUCCGAGAACAGAGCAGGAAUCGCAGGGAGAUGGUAUGAGGGAGAGGGAGGUGGGGAGGAGAGGAGAACGCGGGAUGGAGAGGGCGGGAUUUGGGGAGGCUGGGACUGAGGAAGGUGGUACUGAGGACGGGGAUAUAAGGGUUAGUGGGCGGGUGGGGCCUCGUGGAAGGGGGAGGGUUGCAGGCAGGAUGGGGCAGGAUGGGAUGGGGGGAGGAGGCGUAGGAGGGGUGGGUGUGAGAGAGGGCGGGAUUGGAGUUGCUAGGAGCGAUGCUGUUGGUGCUGCUGGUGCUGGCGCUGCUGGUGCUUAUGCUUCUGGCGCUGGUGCUGGUGCUGGUGCUGGUGGUGGUGGUGUUGGUAUGAGAGGCACUGGUGUUUCUACGGACGUGGGUGGUCCUGAUGACACCGUGCCACAGGAUUCGUUAAGAGGUGAUCCGGUAUUGGAAGCAGCAGCUAGGCUUGUGGGGAAACGGUCCACAGCAGAGGACGAGGAGCUGGAUGGAGAAGGGGCAGCGGAAGGGGAGGUGGAGGGAGAAGGGCAGGUGGGCGGGCAGAUGGGGGGGCAGAUGGAAAGAGCUGGGAGGGUGGAAAGGGGGCAGUUUGAAAGGCAGGGACAAGGAGAGGGGAGAGGGAGGGGGAGGGAUGCUGAGGGGGACGAGGUUGAACGCAAGGUGGAGGAGGGAAGGCUGGGGCAGUCUGAUAUUGAAACGGCACAGGAUGGGGGGGAGAUACCCGAGGGAGAGGGGGACGAGCUAAGGGAGGAGAGAGAAGGGAGAGGCGACAGGGGGGAAGCAGAAGAGACGGGAGGAGGCGAGAGGGAGGGGGAAGAGAGGGGAGAGGGAGAGAGGGGAGGAGCUGAGGGGGAGGAUCUUCAGCAGCAGCAGUUGCUGAGAGAGCGGGAGAUUGUGAAUCAAGGAGUUGUCGUUCCUGAAAGAAUCCCACAGGGUUUACCAUACAGUAAUUCUGGUGGCAGGGCGGGUGGGAUGGGCGGGGAAUUGUCAAGUGGAGGGGGGAGAGAGCAAGCAUCGGAUCUUACAGGGGACUUUGACUCCAGAGGAGGCCAGGGAGGGGCGGGGCAGACACAGGGUGUGCUGGGGCAGGCGCAGGGUGCAGCAGGGGAAACACAGGGCGCAGCAGGGGAAGCACAGGGCGCAGCAGGGGAAGCACAGGGCGCAGCAGGGGAAGCACAGGGCGCAGCAGGGGAAGCACAGGGCGCAGCAGGGGAAGCACAGGGCGCAGCAGGGGAAGCACAGGGCGCAGCAGGGGAAGCACAGGGCGCAGCAGGGGAAGCACAGGGCGCAGCAGGGGAAGCACAGGGCGCAGCAGGGGAAGCACAGGGCGCAGCAGGGGAAGCACAGGGCGCAGCAGGGGAAGCACAGGGCGCAGCAGGGGAAGCACAGGGCGAGAGGAAUGCGGGCAUAGGGGAUGUAAGACGGGACGUGGGACUGAGGAACGCAGGGGCGAGAGAGGGAGAGGGUAGGAGUCAUUUGGAGGAUGAUGAGGUGCUGCGAGGGCUGGGAGGAGUGGAGGGGGAGGAGGAAGAGGCUGGGGCACUGGAUAAAUCCUCGUCAUCUCUGCCUACAUCCACCUCAGGUCUGCCCACAUCCACAUCAGCAGCAUCCACUUCACUCCAAGCACAAUCGCAGCAACAGAAUCUGCUGACCAAGCCAGCCUCCUCUCUCCUUUCUGCUACUCCUGUUAUUGUCACUCCUGCCAUUGUUACGGCUACCUCUGCUCCGGUUUCCAGCAGCAAAAGCAUUCUCUCUCCUAGCCCUGUGGUCACUGCAGGUAGCAGAACAGGAAUUCUAGCAGGGACAGCAGCAGGCGCAGGUGUAGCGGGAACAGCAGCCAAGGCCACCACAGGAGGUACAUCAGGAGUAGGUGCAGGUGGCACCAUGCUUCGUGGGACGGGUGCCACAUCUGCCACGUCAGCAGCAACAUUGAAGCCUUUAGCAGGAACGACAGUAACACCAUCAGCAACACCACGCCCAGCAACACCAUCCCCAUCGCUAUUAGCAGCUGUAACAAAGACAGUGCCUGCCACUCCUGCAGGAGCAAUUGUUGCGCAGUCACUGCCUGCCACCCCUUCAACAGCAGGAGCAGCUGUAGCAAAGCUGUUACCUGUCACUCCUGCAACAUCUGUAGCGAAACCGGUGCCUGUCACUCCUGGAGCAGCAGCUGUAGCACAACCAUUACCUGCCACUCCUACAGCAGCAGCAGCUGUUGCACAGCCACUGCGUGCCACCCCCGCAGCAGCUGUAGCAAAGCCAUUGCCUACCACUCCUGCAGCAGCUGUUGCACAGCCGGCCCUCCUCACUCCUCGCCUCACUCCACUCUCAGCGGCUGUAGCAGCAACAGUCCCCCCAAGCACAGCUACAGCAGCUGCCGACACACCAGCAACACCUGUUGCCGUGCCUGCUGCUAUCAGCAAAUCUACCCCUGUUGGUGCCACGUCUAUCCCCAACACCGGCACAUCUUCCCCCACAGCCAAGACUACUCCAAUCAUUACAUCUACUCCCAUCCGCACGUCUAACCCCACCACUUCAACUAUCUCCGAAGCUGACAGCCAGGCUUUGGCUAAGCUCAUGCAAGGAAAGCCAGGCUCGGCAGCUGGAGGCUUGGCUGCUGCAGGCUCGGGUGCAGUCGCAGGCUCGGUGUCACCCAGUCCAGCAGCCUCAGCCAAUGCAGCUGCCAAACCUGCGCCAACAGUCCCCAAGCCUGCGACGUCUGUUCUUCCAUCACCAGCAACAGGAGCAGGAGCAGGUGGAGCAGCAACGGGAGCAGCAGGAGCAGCAGGAGCAGCAGGAGCAGUAGCAACAGCAGGAGCAGCGGGCACAAGUCAAGUCAAGCCAGUGUCAGGCACUCAACCGACAGCUAAGCCAAAGACUCCUCCAGCUACUGUUGCGGCUGCUGCUGCUGCUGCUGGUGAUGCUGCUGCUGCUGUUGCAAGCCCAGCCAAACCAGCAUCUGGUGCAGCUGGUGGUGCUGUUGCUGGGACCCUGCAUCCGCGCGCCGCUUCCGGAGGCGGCGGAGAAGGCGCGCAAAACGAGACUCUCCGCGAAAAGCGGCGGCGGCAGCGGCUGCUGCUGGAGGAAAAUCCUCUCGUGCCGGUGACGUGUCGCCGAUUGGAUAAAUUCCGCCGGAUUUUACGGAUCACUUUAAAGGAGGCGCCUAUAGACGGGAUUGGACAGCGCGACAAGGGGUGGCGCAAGGGCCGAGACAGCAUAGAGUGGCGGAAAGGCACGACGUACCUGCAGCCUCUUGACGCGGAUUGCCUCAACAUUGCUUCAUUCUUCGGCAAAGUGGGUCAGCUUCUUCUAAUCAACAACGCUUCCAAGCCCGCCCUACCCCACCCAGUGGAUCGCUUCAUGUUCCCACGCGCCCCCCAGCUGCUGCAAGCCGUGCAAGCAGCGGGCAAGGAUAGCUGGCACGUGGUAGUGCUGAGGCAGCUGCUGGGGCUGGCAGUGGCGCCGAUGCUGGGAGAAACGGCUCUGAAGAAGGCCAGCAUGGCCGCAAGAAGGUUUAUUGGCACAGAGCCUCUAGCCGGAGGCCUUGUUGAGUUUGAGCCAGCAUUUGAAGCAGCCUCGGAAACCCGGCCUCUGUGCUUCGGAAAGGUGGUCAUCCCGGGGAAACUUAAAGCCAUAACCUACCCAGGCGGCCCUUCAGAAGCCGAGAUGUUUAAAGCCCACCUCGGGUCGUCCCUCGGGCUGCCCAAUCCGCCGCUGCCACUUGGCGACAGCCCCAGCGCCCGUGCCAAGCCGAGUGUGCAGCUGCUGUUCAUUCGGAGGAACAGGACGAACGUGGGCGGGCGGCGAAUUUUGGACGAUGGUAGUGAUGGAGCGCUGUACGAUCUCUUUUAUGACAUGGGCUUUAAGAUCCGCAGGGCGGAUUUCACGCGCCUGUCCUUCCGCCAGCAGUAUGAAGCAGUUCUCAACGCAGAGGUCAUUGUGGGGGUGCAUGGAGCCGGUCUCACAAGCGCCGCCGCUUUCGCCCGAAACCGCUCCGUCGUUUUGGAGAUAAUGCCGCACAACACGUUCAACCCGCGGUAUUAUUUCAUGGCGGUCCAGGCUGGUGUGAGUUAUUUUCUGCAUCAGCUGCGGCCAGGUGCCAAGCAGCCAUUGGACGAGGAGUUUGAGACGCUGACGGUGCGGAAGUGCUCCAGUGUGCCGGAUUGUCGCAAGUAUUUUUACGAGGACCGGCUGGUGAAUGUGACUAAAGAGGAUUUGGAGGAUUUGAAGGUGCUUUUGGGGGAGGCCCGGACGUUUGUGCGUCAGGCUCGGUGGAAUUUGAAUUGGGCGGGAAAGCGGCUGAGGUCGCGGUACGAGACACUGUGCUCUGCGGGGAAGGCGAGGGAUAUUGGAUGCCGCAUGGAUUUGAUUCGUUCGCCGGUGGCCGAUGUGAAGACGGAAUGUGUGAUGAAGAUGGACUGCUUGACAGUUAAUCCUAUGUUGGCGGACGACCUGGACGACAUCAUGUAG